AUACCCACAAGCCUUCACUCUGUGGUUGCCACUGCUUGAACAUAGUUAUAUCAGACCGAGCUAAAUCAUUAGUGAAGUCUAUAUUGCUGUUUGGAGUUGUUCAAAGAACCUAUAAAUUCUUUAUCCAUCAAUCAAGCGCUGGAUCUUAAGCACAAUAGAACCUUACAAAAAAUGCAGUUUUCUUAACCCUAAUUGGCACAACUAAAUCAUCUUUAAAAGGCAGAACGGACAAGUUCUCAAAAUAAGAGUCAAAGUGGGAAUUCUUAUUUGACCUGAAAAAACCAAAGAAAAAACAUAAUGAGAAUUAUAAAAUGAAAAUUUUAGAAGAACAUCUGACAGUGAAAAAAAUUUCAGAUAUAAAUGAGGAAGAACUGUACAAAUAAAAUUCUACAUGGCAGUUUGAUAGCUACUGUUUUUGACAAAUAGUGUGAGCAGAAGGCGGUCAGCAAAACACUAUUACCGUUAGAAGUAUCAAUAUAAUCAAAAACACCAACAGAAAAGACCUUCCUAAUAUGUGUAUAGUAGAUAUGGAUAGCACAAGUCAUUUUGCUAACAAUUUUAAUGAAAGUGGCCAGCACACGGUUGGCCAAAGAGACCGCCAGGUUUUAUGUUGUGUCACUCAUACAAAUUUUUUUUUAUUUUAGAGUAUUAGUAGUUUACUUAUAAAAAAAGGGUUUUUUAAAAUCUGAAUACGGUGCAAAGGGUCAAAAAAGGGCAAGAAAAGGGCAAUGCAAAAGUUUCUAGCCUCAUUAUUUUAUAAAUGAUUAUAAUAACGAAUUUUAUUCUGAUUAAAAAUUGUAUAGAAACAUACGCUUGAAAUUUAAUGGAAAGUUCUCUAUUUUACAUUUGAAACAAAAAAGUUAUAUAUUCAAAUGAUGAAAUUCGACAUCUUUUUGAAUAUCUUUUUUGCAACUUACAUAAUUUAACCGAACUUCUUACAACAUUUAAAAUACCUGGUUUUUAUUAACAUCAAUUUUAAGUUAAUGACUUACAAAUUUAUUAGAAGAAUUUAAAAGUUAAAAUAUUUUUUUAAAUAAUGAAAAUAAUAGCCGCUUUGUAUUUUCUAUUUAUAUGUCAACAUAAAUUAAUGAUAAUAAAUCAAGCAACUUUUUAAGGUAAAUUUUUUAAUGAGAAAGUCAAAUCCAGGCUUCAUAAUUAUAAAAGAUUUUUAAAUUGUUUUUAGUUAAGCGUUAACUAAUUUUUGCUGAUCUAGUAACUUUAUAUAAAAGGAAUUUUGCAUUAGCUUUUUUUUAAGAUAGCAAUUUAAAUUAAAGUUUUCUCAAGAUUAAGUAUUUUAACUUAAUGGUAUUAUAUUAAGUUUGCAUUUUUUUGGAUAUAAUUCACAUUGAUUUCAAUAAAUUUAAAUGGCUGGUGUUAGCAUGUCAACUGCUUCUUUUCAAUGAAAUGCAACAUGUUGUUGCUGCUGGGAAUUUUUUGGAGCAAGAUCAUUGUCUUUAUCUCCUGUAAAUUCAACAAUAGAAAAUUUGAUGAAGCUGUAUAUAUAUCCCGGUUAUUCCCUGGAAAUUAGCAGUUACCCAACUGUAGUUUGUUCCAGUUGUAGAAGGAAUCUUUACAUGAUCAAGUCCGGUAAUACACCCAGAGGCUCGUGGGGAGAGAAAGUAUCAAAGGUAGAAUGUCAAACUAUAUUUUAAACUCAUUAUUUUUGUCAAGUUUUUUUAAGCUAUAAAGUUUUAAAAUUAUUAAUAUUUCUUUAGAUAUAGAUACCAUCUAUAUAGCAAUCGAUAGUCUUAAAAAAGUACGCUUUAAUAAUAAGUAAAAAAACGUUAAAAACAAAAUUGUUUUUAUUUUUAACCUUAUUAUUAAAAAAGAUAUACCAUUACUAUUUAUAGCAAAUUCUAAAUUGUAAUGAAGCACUUAUAUUUAAAUAAUUUUGUAUUUCACUUUUAAAGGUUGAAUGGAAAAUGAUGACCAGAAAUUCAAAUGGAAUGCUCCCAAUUAGUGAAACCGUACCAGUUAUAUCUUUUUCUGCCAAUAAUUCAAAGUUCUGUGGACAAUGCUACUCAAUCUUAUCAGCAGGACAUGUCCACAACUGUUCUUCAUCAACUGCUGUAAAAAACUUGAUUUUUCUAUCCACAAGUCUAGGGAGCAUUCAAGCUGAACAAGCUGCUUCAUGUAUAAUACAAAAUAAAAUGAGUGCAGACUGCAUUUCAACAGGGACAAUAUUUUCUUUAUCAACUGGGGGAAACCCGUUGAAAGUAACUGUUGGAUGUCCUUCUAACAAGGUAAAUAGAAGAUCAGUAAAACAAGUAUCCUUACAAGUUAUAAAGGAACUUCAAGUCGUAUUAGAGCUUUCUAAUAAAAAGACCAAACAAUUAAUUUCUACUCUUCGGAAAGGAAUAGGGAGUAAGACUGUUGUAGAAACUAACAUUUUUGGCAAGUUAAAUGAUCUUUCGGAAUCCAUAUCACAUUUUUAUCAUGUAGAAAAGCUUGACAUUUACGUUCUACCUACUUCAUUAUUUAUGAUUAGUUUUACCACUGUUGAAAUAUGGUUUUAAUUAAAUAAAUUUCUUGUACUGAAAUUUACUUUAUUGAUCAUCAGCUAAUAGUUUUGGUAAUAAAAUUGAUUUCAACGCUGACAAGGUAAGAAUAGCUUUGUUUUCUUAUAACAGCAUCAAACAGCUUUUUAUGAUUAUUAUCAUAACAUUGCUACUUUGUGUAUGUUGUAUUUGUCAUGGUAGUAUGUUGUAUUUGUCAUGGUAUCAAUAGUUUUUGUUAUACUUAUAGCAAGACUAAGAUAAAAAAUUUUUGUAUGUUUUUAAAUGGCAUCUUUUAUUAACACUACUCUCAGUAAGAAUAGAAUUUUUUUUUUUAAAAGGGAUAUUAAACUAAUACCAAGAUACUUCAUUAAUAAACCAAUUUAAAGUUUAUCAAGUUAUUUGAGAUAACUACUUAAUUUUAUAUUACUGCUGAUUACCUAUUUUUAAACAUCCAUUGACAUAGUUAACCAAUAAGAGUUGGGUAAGUAAAAUAGACAAUUUAUUAAAAUUUGACAUCACAAAAAAAGGAAUUAAACAAUUUAAUUACUACUUAUUAGUAAUUAAAUUUAAAAGUUUUUUUUCAAAUAAAUCUUAAUUAUUACUCACAAUGAUAACAAAACAGCAACAAGUGCGUAAUGCAAGUUUUUACGCUUGAGUGAUAAACCCUAAUUUGCCAAGAAAAUAAAUUUAGGAAAAGAGACACUUGUAUUCCAAGUCAGCUCGGAAUACAAGUGUCGCACAGCGGGGCAGAAUAGCUUUAAAUCUGGACAAAAGUAAUUUUUGUUGUUUUGGAUUUUUAAGUUAAAUAAUUAUUCUAAGGGCAAUUGUUAGACUUGAAAAAAUUAUUCCACAUAUUUUUUUCAAGUCUAAAAAGUUUAACAAUUGAAAGCUGUAUUUCAAAAACAUGACUAGUCACACUUUUUUCAAAAGUGAGAUUAUUUGAAAAAAAUAUUUUUUUUAGGAAAAGUUGCUUCAGAUAAAAAAUUUCUCUGAUUUAAGAUGUGAACACUUAUUACUUCAUAUAAGCUACAAAAAAAAAAAAAAAAAUUAUUUAAAUUUUUACAGGAGAAAUAUUUUUUACUUUCCUGUAAAAUUUUAGUUUUGUGAUGUUUUCAAAAUACAGUGUUCAAUUGUAAAUAAAUUUUAUUUACUACUGUCAGUCACUUUAAUGACUUUUCGAGUAAAGUUUUUUAAAAAACCGGUAAGUGAUAAUAUAAAAAAGAAAGUCAAAAGCUUGCAUAAAUAAAUAAUGUUGGAACAUAUACUAAUCGAUUCACUAAAAUAAAUUUCAGUAAUUCAAAUUUAGUGUAAAAUGUCCCUCAAAAAAAUUACUUAAAAACUCGAUUAAUUUUAUUUGUUUUAAAUUGCUAAAACAAGUAUACAAAAAAAGAAUGUUAUAUUACAAAGUUAAUAUAUAUUUUAAGCACUUUAAAAUUAUUUUUUCAUUUGCAAACCUAUAAUUAAAGCUGCCUAAAUCUUGUCUAACCUGCGAACCUAAAAUUGAAGCUUAAUUUUUUUUUAGCUGCGAACCUAAUAUUAAAGAAUCCUUUAAAAAAAUUUGCAACUUUUAAUAGGCUUCAGCUUUAACGCAGCCUAUUUUCAUUUUUGUCAUAUGGCCAGUUUUGAAGCAAUUUUGCCCCGUUGUGUGACGUGUAUUGAAAAUUUAUUAAAGUUUUAUAUAAAUACGUAAUUAUCUAAUAUAUGUAAUUUUGACAUUAUGUUAAUGAAAAAAUUGUUUUAGAAUAAUAUUUUAUUGCAACGUUACUUAAAAUUAAUUUUUGACAUUAACAUAAAUAAGAUUACUU